AUGGCUGUCCCAUUCGAGCUUCCCUAUUGGCUGCAGACUGUGAGAAACUCCAGCAAACCCAGGACUCACACAUUCAUAUGCAGAUUAGAGAGUAUAAAUAGAGGAGGGAGCGAGAGAGAGCUCAGAACAACUCAGAUCUUCUUUACACAGAGAGCUAACAGGAGAAACACAGCCAUGGCUCCUACAAUCACUGCAUCAACCAUUAACUCCAACCACCUUCUUCCACUUACUAAUAAGCUGAGAAAGCCGAUAGUGGAGAAGAUGCGUAGAGAACGCAUCAACAGCAGCAUCGAGAAGCUCAAGUCUCUGCUGGGUGGAGAAUUCCUAAAGCAACAGCCUGAUUCCAGACAGGAGAAAGCCGAUAUCCUGGAGAUGACAGUUUAUUUCCUGAGACAGCAGCAGGAACAGUCCCAUAAGAAGUCGAGCUGCUCCAUCGAGGCUGGUGAAGGUUACAGCAGGUGUGUGCAGGAGGCCAUCAACUUCCUGUCUCAGUGUCAAGUCCACGCUCAGUCCCAGAGAAGACUGCUCAGCCACUUCCUCACCAUGCAGCCUUCCAUGGAGAAGAGCAGAAGUGUUGUUCCUCAGCUCAGCUCUCCAGCCUGCCAGAUCAGCAGUAAAGAGGAGACUUCAAGCUGCGGUGGCCUCUGGAGACCCUGGUAGAGACAUGUGGACACUUUUACCCUCAGGAAACCAACUUACUAAUGCCAUAUUGGCAUUAGCUACAGUUUCCUGAAAUGUGUUGUCCAACGUUCCAUGGACAGUAUAUGAUUAUUUUUCGUAUUGAAAAGGCUUUUUUUUUCUAUUGAAAAAGCAAGAUUUUUCUGUUACCGUGCCACAUACAGUAUUUACUGAAUAUUUAACAAAAAGCUCAUAUUGAGUGUACAUUAACUGUAUUUACAGUACAUUAAGAAACUGACUUUUUAAAUGUCACAUUGGCAUUAAUUAUGGUUUCCAGAGCGCUGAAUUUUUUUGCAUAUGCAAAAUCUAAGUUGCUUACAUUGCAGGAAAGCGUGCCUUGAUGUUUCAGAAAUUAUUACUUUAAUUCCCUUGCAAGAGACAUCAAGUUUUUCAGCGCGUUGUUACAACCCACAUUGGGUGUAAACGUUCUGCAUUUGCAGAUUGCCUAAAGUUUAGGUUUGAUUAACUACGAUUUUGAUACAACCUCACCAUAGUGCAUCUUUUUAAAAUAUGAAAUAUCAUUUUAAAGUUUUCAUUUGGAUUUUUGCUGAUCUAUACUCCUGAACUUUGAAUGUAGAAUGUUUGUGACUAUUCCUAAUUUAUCAUAUCCAGCUCCAAUGGAGUGCUAUAGAGGUAAUGGUGAUGCUUUUGUACAGCAUCAACAUGUUUACAGUAUGUCUUUGUGACCAAGAUAAAAUGGCCUGGGCUGUUUUCUUAUUUAAUUAUUAUAUAAAACAUGUUCAAACUGAAAAUGACUUUGCCUUCAGUGAAGGUUGUGCAAUUCAUUGUGUGAAUAUGAAUCAUAUAACCAAAAAUAAUGAAAAAUAAAGAAUGAUAGUACAAUCAA